AUGGGACGAGGGCCGACGCAGGACGAGGUUUAUCCGCAGAUCGAGUGUGCGACGGUGGAGGAGCUGGACGCGCCCUUCACCGAAUCGGAGAUAAGGGUGGUGCAGCACAAUUUAAACAGCAGAUCGGCUUCGGGGCCGGAUAAGCUUUCCAACAGACUAUUACGGAACUUGGACGAUAAGGCAGUGGAACUACUAACUGAGGAGAUCAACAGAGUAUGGGAGGAAGGAGAGGUGCCCGACGAAUGGAAAGCGGCCUCGGCCACGGCGGGCAUGGGCCUGGGAGUCAAAUUCCAGGCCUUUGUCACGUCGUUUCUCAUGAACAGAACUGUUACUAUUCAAGCGGAGCAUAUUCGGUCGAGGGAAUACAAAUUGGGACCUCGGGGUGCCCCCCAGGGUUCAGUUAUCUCACCGCUGCUCUUCAACAUAGUCAUCAAGAUUCUUGCAGACAGGCUGGGUGGCCUGCGGGGCAUAGGACACGCACUUUACGCGAAUGACAUUACGAUUUGGUGCCCGGGGGUUCCCUAG